AUGAAAACAAUGAUGGAAAUGGCUUUAUUACAUAAGGUUCAAGAGCAAGAAAUGAUGCUUUCACCAGCAUCAUCAGCUAUUCCUACUGCUGGGUGUUCGCGAGGUACUGCAUCGUUCGCACAAGAACGGAUAUGGCUCGAUGAAAAGAUCCAUCACGAUCCAUUCAUAUCACCUGCAAUGCAUAACUUUGUUCUACCUUUGGUGGUUAAGCAUGGUUCAAUGUCAAUCGAGCGUAUUCGUUCGGCCGUUGUUGCUGUUCUUGAACAGCAUGACAUACUUCGAACAGCAAUUUACUUCGAUGAAAAUCGUAACAUGUUGGUCCAAGCAGUGCAAUCUGUGGACAACAAAGAUGCUUAUUCUUUUGAAAUAACAGCAAAUGAUAUACAAAGUCUCGAUGAAGUUGCUGAUCUACUCAAGAAUGAAUCGGUCAAGCAUUUUGCUGAACUGGAGCAGGGUUUAGUUGUUCGUUGUCAUCUUGUUAAGGUGGGAUCUGACGAUGACAUGGACAAAUUACAUCCUCAAGAUCUGGUUAUUUUCAUAUUUCAUGGUGUAGCAUUCGAUUAUAAUUCUGUUAGUCCGUUCCUUGCUGCCUUUACAAAAGCAUACGAUCAGAUAGAAUUGGAUGUUGAAAAGUUACAAUAUAUCAGUUUUAGUCUAUAUGAGCAUCAACAAUUCAUUAAUAUCCCUGAAGACUCUCAAAUACGAAGAGCUCAGCAGUUUUGGUUAAAAAUGAUGGAUGACUAUAGUCUUGAUGCAAACUAUCCGACACCAUUUACGCGCCCAUUCGACACAAAAAAGCGAACUGGAGAAGGGCGUAGCACUUCAUUUAUACUGGAUUCGACUCUCGUAAAAGGUCAAAUGGAACUUGCAUCGUUAUAUGGUUUGUCUAUGUUUCAUACAGCAUUAGCGUGCUUCUUUCUCUUUAUUUAUGAACUUAAUGAUGGUACUAUUAGUGACUUGUGUGUGACCUGUUCUACAGAAAAUCGAUCAUUCGUUGAGACAAAAUGCAUGAUAGGUACGUUUGCGAAUAUAUUACCAUAUCGUAUCAAAAUUAA